CCUUAGUCAGCCUGUUUGUGCUCAUCCUUACCACAACAUCAGUCUUUUCUCGCAUCCCUCAAGAAAAUGCUGAUAGUGAAGACCAGACGUGGAGGGGAGGAGGAAAAGAGGAUAGAGGAGGAGGAGGAGAAGGAGGAGGAGGAGGAGGAGGAGGAGGAGGAGAAGAAGAGAAGAAUUUAUUAUCACCUGGUGUUCCUAAGGUGUCUCCUGAGAAAAUGGAUCCUACAGUGAUGGACAAAAACCCCAUGGAGCUGCCCCUGCUGGUGGUAUACGGCAACAGCACAUCACAGGGGCUCUCUCCAGCUGCGGCCACCACCACCGCACCCUUGGACAAACCCCCUCAGCCCCUCGUGUCGUGUUUGAAGUGCUCCGAGCCCAGCUGUCAGACGCUUACCACCUGCCACAAUGCUAUCAAGUGUUGGAAGGCGCAGAUCAUGACAGAGAACGGGGACGUGAUGAGUGACCGAGGCUGUGUGUCCAAGGCCGACCACGUGCAGAUGCAGUGUAACAUUAAGGGCAGUCCGGAGCAGUUCCUUGUGAUUGAGUGCUGCCAGUCGGACUACUGUAAUAAUGGCUCUGUUCCUGCCCUCCCCUCCUUCAGCAGUGGUGAUGAUGGUGAGUCCCAGCUCAUGCAAGUGUUCCUGUGGCACGUCCUCCCGGUCCUAGGUGUGGUGGUGGUGGCGGUGGUGGUCAUCGUGUUGCUGCGUCGGGCCCACCACCGCCGCAUGAGGGAAUACGCCGCAGCUGCCACAUCCGCCCUGCCGCUCCACCACAGCCUCUACCGCGACGACCUCAGGGUCACGGCUGCUGGGGACUCCACUCUCAGGGAGAUCUUUAACGACUCCAUCACAUCUGGCAGUGGGUCUGGCCUUCCCCUGCUCAUCCAGCGCACCCUAGCCAAGCAGAUCUGGCUGGCGGAGGUCAUUGGAAAGGGGCGGUAUGGAGAGGUGUGGUGUGGGGUGUGGCAGGGGGAGAAGGUGGCCGUCAAGAUUUUCUUCUCCCGCGAUGAGGCGUCCUGGGCCAGGGAGACAGAGAUAUACAGUACCGUCCUGCUGCGUCACGAGAACAUCCUGGGUUUCUACGGAUCAGACAUGACCUCCCGCGGAUCCUGUACCCAACUCUGGCUGGUGACGCACUACCACCCGCGCGGCUCCCUCUACGAUUACCUCACCACACACACCCUCGACCACACCAGCCUCAUCACCGUCGCCCUCUCCACUAUCAACGGAGUCCUGCACCUUCACACGGAGAUCUUCGGCAGUCAGGGCAAGCCGGCCAUUGCUCACCGGGAUAUAAAGUCCAAGAAUAUACUGGUGAAGCUGAAUGGUGCCUGCGUGAUUGCUGACUUCGGGCUGGCAGUCAUGCACACACAGACUACAGGGGAAAUCAAUAUCAGCAGCAAUCCGCGAGUUGGCACCAAACGCUACAUGAGUCCUGAGGUCCUUAAUGAGACGAUCAACAUGAGUGUGUUCGAGUCGUUCCGCAAGGUGGACAUCUACGCCCUGGGCCUGGUGCUGUGGGAGGUGUGUCGCCGUUAUGUGUCGAAUGGCCUCGUCGAUGACUACCGUGUUCCCUUCCAUGACCAGGUGCCAGGUGACCCGAGCUUUGAUGACAUGAAGAAGGUGGUGUGCGUGGACCAGCAGCGCCCCAUGAUCCCCAACCGGUGGACGAGUGACCCUGUACUGGCAGGAAUGUCUAAAAUCAUCCGAGAGUGUUGGCACCAGAACCCCAACGUGAGGCUGACAGCUCUGAGGGUGAAAAAGUCCUUGAUGAAACUGGCACAGGAUGAGACCAAGAAUAAGAUAGAUAUUGAGUACUGAGUCGAGGGGAGCAGAGGAGGCAGAAGGACAGGAGGAUGGGAUGGUACGAAGCUAUUUAUUUAAGCCUUCCUUGAGCUGUGUGUGUGUGUGUGUGUGUGUGUGUUGAGAGUGGAAGGUCAUGUGUGUGUGUUGUGAGGGUAGUUGUAGUAAUAGUAGUAGUAGUAGCAGUAUUUUUAGUAAUUCUUAGUAGAUAUUUUAUGGGGAAAAUGAGUGUUAUAUUUAUUUUUGUUAUUUUGUAUUGCUAGAUGGUUUAUUGAAGGAGGAGGAGCAGGAGGAGAGGUGAUAGAAGAGCCCAGAGUGUGGCAUUGAAGGAAGGAAGGAAGGAAGGAAGGAAGGAAGGAAGGAGGGAAGGAAGGAAGGAAGCCAGCCAAGGAUUUAGUAUGUGAAGUUAGUGAAGAUUUAAAGAUUUACUGUGUUCUGUAAAUGCUUUCUGAUAUGAUGUGUUACCUUAAUCUCUCUCUCUCUCUCUCUCUCUCUCUCUCUCUCUCUCUCUCUCUCUCUCUCUCUCUCUCUCUCUCUCUCUCUCUCUCUCUCUCUCUCUCUCUCUCUCUCUCUCUCUCGCUAAGUCAAGUAUAGAUUAAGUUUAGUCGUAGGUGAUUAACUCCGAAAAAAAAAGGCAAAGAAUUUUAUUACUAUUACCAAAUGUCGUGUGUGGGUUUUUUCUUUUUCUUUUCUCUUAUUUUUUUCUUAAUGGAUGAAAAUGAUGUACAUAGAGUGUGGUCUAUUUUUAUAACACUUGAGGCUUUCACCAGCUGGCAUACUGUAUUGUGCCCUGCAGCGUAGCGAGAAGAAGUUAAUAAUAGUGAUAGUAACAGUGAUGGUGAUGGUGGUGGUGAUGGUGGUGAGAGGGAUGUGUAGGCAGGGUGAUAAAUGGUGAUAGGAGGAGGAGGGCGAGCAGUGAAUAACUAACGUAUACACACACACACACAAACACACACACACACACAGGUUCCUUAGGUUAGGUUAGGAUACGAGAAAUUGAACCAUAACCUUUUUAAAUUUAUAUCAUUAGGGUAGAAAUGAGUGUAAAUGAUGUACACACACACACACACACACACACACACACACACACACACACACACACACACACACACACACACACACACACACACACACUGCAUUAUCAGCUCUUCCAUUAGGUGAGGUCAGGUGAGGUCAUUGGUAGCAGGUCACAGGGGCAUCACACCACAGCCAGACACACUGAAGGUUUCUCCAAGCUGCUACUGUCAUUUCCCUGCUGUGGGGUGCGUGACGCUGUUGCAGUGACGUGCUGGCGGGCAGGUAGUGGUUGUGUAGAGUAGGUUAAAGGUGGAUAGUUGGUAUAUUCUGACCCUUAGUUGUGUAUUAAUGGCGUGUGUUUUAUGCAUUUAUUUGUUGUGUAAUUGACCGUCGACAGUUUUCUUUAUUUUUUAUUUUUUUUUUUUAUUUUUUUUUAUUUAUUCUUUUUUUUUUUUUUUUUUUUUGGUGCGAGUUGUUUGCAGUGUGUUUGCGUGUGUGUAUGUGUGUGAGAGAGAGAGAGAGAGAGACUUUACCGAAGGAGUAAGUAGGUCACAUGGAUAUCAGUCACCCUAGCUUGUUUUGAGGUGGAUUAAGUUAAGUUAGUUUGGGAUAGAUUGUCAGGUCAGGUUAGGUUAGGUCAGGUUAGGUCAGGUAAGGUCAGGUUAGCCACUAGAGCUUUUGUUGAGUGUUUUUUUUUUUUUUUUUUUUUUUGGUGUGUUUAGAUCAAAUCGCAUAAUUGUUUUGCUUUAUAAGGUGGCCCACGAGACUGUCCCUUUCCACCAGGGGGCUGACAUGGCUAAGAGUGUGAAUGACAUGUGUGUGUGUGAGUGUGUGUGUUUUACAUUGUCUGUGGGGCCUGUGUGGGAUUGCUGGCCUGGUAUAUAUGUAGAUAGAUAGAUUAUUAUUGUGGCUAAGAAUGUGAAUGGUGUGUGUGAGUGUGUGUGUGUGUGAGAGAGAGUGGUGCCUUGUCUGUGGCCCCUGUGUGGGAUUGGCAGCCUGGUGUAUAGAUAGAAUGAAUCGGAUUGGUUAGGUUAGGUUAGGUUAGGUUACAUUAUCCCGCCAUACGUAGAUCCUUUGGGGUGGGUAGAAUGGAGUUAAAUCAAGUUUCUUCAAGGUUGGUUAGACACUUCCAGCUAGUCUUGGGGUUGAAAAGUUAAGUUUGGUUAAAUUAGGUUAGUUUAGAUUUGAUAAAAGAUUAAGUUAGAUUCAGUAACCUAAUUUAACCUAGCUGUGUUGUCUGGUUAGGUUAGGCACUCCCAGCUAGUUUUAGGGUUGAGAAAAUUAAGUUUGAUUAGAUUAGGUUAGUUUAAAGUCAGCAAAAGAUUAAGUAAGAUUAGAUAGAUUUAGUAAACAAUUAAAUUUGAUUAGAUUAGGUUAGUUUAAAUUCAGCAAAAGAUUAAGUAAGAUUAGAUUUAGUAAACGAUGAAGUUCGAUUAGCAUAGAUUAGUUUAAAUUCAGCAAAAGAUUAAGUUUCAUUCAGUAACCUAACUUAACCUAACCUAACCUAGUGCACCACUAAACAUAGCUGUGUAGGCUGAUGUUCAUGUGACCUGAGGAAUCUACUUAAUAACGAAUAAGUUAAUUUUUGUACCGCGGGGGUCGUCGUGCUUUAAAAAAAACUCACUCAUCAGACCCCAAGCCAGCGUGAUAGCCAAGUUGUGCCAUAAAUGUAGUACGUUAAAUACACAUUGAGUAACUAUAGAAAACCUGGUACUCUUCACGUCAGCUGUGCGAGGUCAACUAAACUACUUUGUCGUUUUUCUUACUGAUAAAACGCCAUUUCUCCGAGGGCUGUGUUGGCAAACGUUUUGGCUUCUCGUCUUGGCUACUUGCGAUGGGCAUCAGUUGGUGGGAGGUGCUGGGGUUUUCAAGGGUGUUUUCGUGACUCAAGUGAUAGUUUGAUAAGGUUUCUGUGUCUUCAACAGGCACUAGCAGAAGGUAUUGGGGUCUUCAAGGGUGUUUUUGUUAUUCUGGUGAUACUUUAACAAGCAUUCUACACCUUCAGCAAGUUAUGGAGAUUUCCAAGAGUAUUUUCAUGAUUCAAGUGAUAGUUUGAUGAGAAUUGUACACCUCCAACAGGCUGUGGUAGAAGUCAUCAGGGUUUUCAAAGGCGUACUUAUGACAAGAAUUCUGUAACAUUAGUUGAGAAGGAAGCACCCCCAUGUGGACCUGACCUAUCACGUCUGUAGCCUUUGUAAACAGCCAUGGGGAGAGGCCAAAGUGUCUGAAAGUAACGUCCCCUUAGUGUGAUCUCUUGUUUGUGUGAUAUUCUGAACUGCUGCACUAAGAGAAGCAGUAAUGAGAGGUUUAUUUUUUUUAUAUAUAACUUCUUUUUUAUGCUUGCCACGUUACAUGUUGAAUAUUAUGUUGAGAGAAUAGGACUGCAUUCUUGAUUCUUAAGUGUUUUGGUGCUCUGUCUCAGCCACUCGUAAAAAGGCUGCAGUGGAGAAUAUUUGGAUUUUCAAGGGUGUUUUUUUCAUGAUUCCAGUGAAAGUUUGACUAAGAUGCUGCACAAAUAACAGGCCCUAGUCAAAGUUAUUGGAGUUUUCAAGGGUGUUUUUUCAUGAUUCUAGUAAUAGUUUAACAAGGACUCUGCACAAUUAACAGGCCCUAGUCAAAGUAAUUAGAGUUUUCAAGGGUGUUUUCAUGAUUCUAGUGGUAGUUUAAGAAAGACUCUCCACAAUUAACAGGCCCUAGUUGAAGUUAUUGGAAUUUUCAAGGGUGUUUUCAUGAUUCCAGUGAUAAUUUGACAAGGAACCUGCAUCAACAAGAAAAAAGACCUUUGAAAACCUAAGUGAUCAUCUGUGAAGCAUUUGCAAACAGUCUUCAUGAAAACCCAGUCCUUUAAGAAUAAGAACCUUGGUGUUUGUGAAGUCAGGGUUUUCAAGAGUGUUUCCACGAGUACAGUGAGCUAAGAUGCACUGUCAGUAGGAGAGAGACCUGUGGAAAUUUAACGGUUCGUGACUCAAACUUCUUUUCUAAGUGGAAGUUAUGUAAUUUUUUUUUUAACUUCUUGAAUUUAAGUUGAAGUCCUUGUGUCCGUCAUCCAGGCUGGGGCAGUGAGGGUUGUGGGAUGAAGGCCGCGGCAGCUACAGUUAUAGGAUAAGGUCUGUUUAGGGUCCCAGGUCACUCCUCCAGCCAGUGCUACCCCGUAUACUGUAAGUUCUUCCCAGCAACGUUCCUCCCGCAGAGUUUCCGUCCCUCCCCAACCCCCCACACCACACACAAAUGUUAAUAAUUUCUCCUGUGAUAGAUUCAGUUAGGCUAGCGUCACGUUUUCAGUGGGGGUUAUUUUGAGUGGGACUUUCGCGAGGGAAUUUUCAUGGGUGGAGUUUGUGUGUACGUUAGUUACACACACACACACACACACACACACACACACACACACACACACACACACACACACACAUAAACUUUAAAAAAUGGGACAGCACCAGCUUGAUUCAGUCCUAUAAACACAAUCAGACACACACACACACACACACACACACACACACACACACACACACACACACACACACACACACACACACACACACACACACACAAACCAAACCAAACCAAACCACACCACACCACACCACACCUCACCUUGCCCCACCCCACCCCACCGCACCCUGCUCCACCCCACACCAACACCAGCUAACCUAACCUAACACCCCAGACCAGAGAUAUGUUCCCGUGCCUCCUGCCGCAGCUGGUCAUGGGGAGGAAGUGUGUUUUGUCACCUUCAAAGGGGCUGAGAGGGCAGAAGUAAGAUCUUGUCAGUGUUUCGUGAAGAUUUUGUAAACUUCCGUAAAUAAGUUUGUGUUUCAUAGGAUCUGAUAGUCUUGGGUUUAAUCAUUGUUGUUAUUGUGAUUAUUGCCUGGGAGAGAGAAUGAGAGGGUUAGGGGGAGAGGGUUAGGGGGAAGAGGAAGGAAGGAAGGAAGGAAGGAAGGAAGGAAGGAAGGGAGGGAGGAAGUAGAGAUAUAAAGUAAAAGAAGAGAUAUGUCUUAAGUUUAAGAGAGAGAGAGAGAGAGAGAGAGAGAGAGAGAGAGAGAGAGAGAGAGAGAGAGAGAGAGAGAGAGAGAGAGAACCAACACAACACAACACAAAGAGAGAAAAAAAUAAGAUAAAAAAUAACAAAAAAGAAUCAAUAACAAUGAGAGAGAGAGAGAGAGAGAGAGAGAGAGAGAGAGAGAGAGAGAGAGAGAGAGAGAGAGAGAGAGAACAAUGCACAAAAACACACACAAUACACAACCCAUACAAUUUUCUCCCCUCUAGGAACUCACUAACCCUCAUUCUCACUCACCCAUGAAGUAGGGGGCAACUGUGCGAUCCAGACUACCCAUACGUUACUUAAAAGGGUGUUGAGGACUCUUAGAGGGGUGCCAGGGCGUCAAUAAGGGUGUAUUAAGAGUUUUGGGUGAGGUGGACAAUGAUGCAUGAGAGAAUAGAGAGGACAGGAAAUAAUGAUGCUUGUAGAAUUCUUAACGUGGGGAAUUUUACAGGUUAGAGAAGCAUAACUAAAUAGACGUAACAAAAAUGACAAGACAGGGAUAGGAUUGAGAGGAAGAAAGAGUAUAUUGAAUCCUUACGUGAUUAUAAUAGGAAAAAUGUGAAGUAGUGAUGUUUAUAGAAUUCUUACGUGUUUAUUUACCGGUUAGAUAAGGACAACUGAUUAGACGUUAACGGAAAUAAAAAGGCAGGGAUAAAAUUGAGAGAAAGAAAGAUUAUAUUGAAUCCUUACGUGAAGUGACUGGUGAGAGAGAGAGAGAGAGAGAGAGAGAGAGAGAGAGAGAGAGAGAGAGAGAGAGAGAGAGAGAGAGAGAGAGAAACAAGAAUCUUUAAGUCCACGUUGAGAUUGACAAAACAGAACGGAGAUAAGAAUGAGAGAGCCUUGUUCAGUAUUGGGGUCAUUCUUCAGAUUUUCAAGUCGAUAAUGGGUAAGGUACGGGGAGUGACUGAUAACACACACACACACACACACACACACACAAGAACGAGUACAAGUAAACAAAAAACAAAAUCCCUUCCUUUCUUAUCUUUUCCUUUUUUUUUCCUUCCUGUUAUUGUUUUUCGUUUAUUUUCUAUUUUUCGUUUUUUUCUCGCCAUUUCUCUCAUUAUAUCCUGUUUUCUACCAUUUCCUAUUUUUUUCCUAUUUUCGAUUAUUUUUUUUUCAUUUUUUAUGUUAUCUUUUUCUUCUUUUUGUCUCUUUCCCUCUUUUUUCUCCUUUUUCCUCCGUUUCCUAUGUUUUUUUUUCAUUUUUUUCCUCUUUUUAAUCUAUUUUUCCAUCAUUCUCUUUUUUUUAAUCCCUAUAUUCCCUCUCUCUCUCUCUCUCUCUUCUUCCUAUUCCUCUUUUUUUCCUGUAUUUUUUUCCCUCUCAUUCCCUGGACCUUAAAUUACCAUCCCUUAAAUAUUUCCCCCUUAAUUCUCUGGCCCCCUUAAAAUUCUUCCCCUUACUUCUUUGCCCCCUUUAAAUUUAAAAUAUCGAGUGAAAAUUUUAUAGUGAAAUGAAUAAAAAAAAGAUGAAUUUUAAGGAUGGUGAGGGGAGGAAUGGGGAACGGGGAAGGGGGAAGGGGGUGUAGAGGGGAGAGGGGAAGGGGGGUUAGCGGAAAAGAUAACGGUCUCUCUCUCUCUCUCUCUCUCUCUCUCUCUCUCUCUCUCUCUCUCUCUCUCUCUCUCUCUCUCUCUCUCUCUCUCUCUCUCUCUCUCUCUCUCUCUCUCUCUCUCUCUCUCUCUCUGAUAAAAACACACGUGGCCAGGCAGAUAUGGACGGACCAAACACACACACACACACACACACACACACACACACACACACACACACACACACACACACACACACACACACACACACACACACACACACACACACACACACACACACACACACACAUCUAACCUCCGUGACUCAUUUCAGACACUUGUAAUUAGGUGACUCACAUUUUCUCUCACGAAUAUUAAACAAAAAAAAUAAAUAAAAAAUAAAAGAUAAUAUUGAUAAAAAGUAGCGGUAAUUUAUUUAAGUGAUGAAAGAUAUUAACGUAUAGACACAAAAGGCUUAGAAACACCUUUUUUUUUUUUUGUAAUAUAUCCUUGUAAUUUUGUUUUAUUUGAUUUUUGAUGUUUUUUUUUAUAUAUAUAUUUGUUUUUCUGAAGCUUGUGUGUGCGUGUGUGCGUGUGUGUGUAAAUACUAUUUUUUAAGGCCACAAAUAAAUAGCAUUAAUAUUAAUUUUUCACCUUUACCUGUACUUUUUUUUUGUAAUUAUAUGCAGGUGUUCAUGUGAUAGCUAAUGCAAUAUUAUUAUUAUUAUUAUUAUUAUUAUUAUUAUUAUUAUUAUUAUUAUUAUUAUUAUUAUUAUUGUUAUUACCUGUUCUUUUCUAUUGUUUUUCCUAUCUUAUUAUUCUUGAAAGUGCAAGAUGAAGCUACGAACUGUAUUUAAAAAGAUAAUUAUAAUGUACAAUACUUAUGACCAAAAGGUACGAAGGUUUAAGAAUAUUGAUCUUAUUUUGUUAUUCAUUUUUUUUUUAUGGCGAAUUGAUGUGUGUGUAUAUUUUAAUAGUCUCUCUCUCUCUCUCUCUCUCUCUCUCUCUCUCUCUCUCUCUCUCUCUCUCUCUCUCUCUCUCUCUCUCUCUCUCUCUCUCUCUCUCUCUCUCUCUCUCUCUCUCUCUCGUAUCCAGAAAAGUAUUGUACCUCCAGUCGCGUGGCAUUGAACGAAAACCUAUUUUAAUCUCCCUCUUAUUAUUACUAUUGUUCAGUGAGGCAGGUACAUACCAUAAGUUAGGGAAACACAAAUGAGCACAAAGGAAAAACGAAAAAAAAACACCAAGAUCUUUACUAUGUAGUGUAUAGAUGUAUUCAAAGCAGCGUCUUUUUUUUUUCUUAUUUCAAGCUACAGGUUCAUUUAGUGGUGAAAUCAUGUUGUUAUCUGACCAAAUAAUAGUUCUUUUGUAAUAUAA